AUAUGAGUCCAUCUGUGUAGGUAAACAACAAUUUAAACAUGAACUUUCAAAUUGCAUUUAACUAAGUCAAUGCAUCCCAAUGAAAUAAGCUAUGUUAAUAUGGUAAAAAUUAUAAUACAGGAUUUUAGCAAACAUUGUACAAGCUCAAGUCUCAAAAUAAGAUGGAAAAGUGCAAUGAAUCUUUUGUAUGAAAUAAUGUGGUUUGGACAGGAAAGAAACAGAACUGUUAGAAAAACUUGUGUUCCAGUCUUCUCCACGGUUUUCAUUUCUGAUUCUGUACAGUACAAAUGUUUUUGUGUGAGUAUUUAUAACAUUCUGCCUGUUCUAUAGCACUGUAUGAAGUUAGAGAAUAUGGAUAUUUUGACCUGCACCCUCCUCUUGGAUUUAGUUCAUACAUGCUCGUUUCUACAUCAGUGUGACAUUUACUUUCGGUUUGGAGACCGGAGACGCGUUGGUGGUAAAAUGGCGCACAUUUCAGAAAGCAAGAGAGACCAAAGCCCAACUGGUAAUCGUCCCACCAAGAGCCAAAGGCGACGAAGUCAAAGUGAUGAACACCCUAACAUGUGUGAUCUGAGGAUUGUUCUUCUUGGGAAGAAUGUAUCAGAAAACAGCAGAGUCAGAAACUCGAUCCUGGGAAUAGAUGUGCAUGAGAGUGAUGCACCUAUAAAGCAGCACAAUGUGCUGAAAAUCAGUGGAAUGGUGAAGGACAGACACGUCACAGUCAUUAACACUCUUCAUCUGCUGAAUCUAAACAUCUCAGAUCAUCAGAUCACACAGACAGUGAGAGAGUGUGUGUUUCUGUCUGAUCCAGGACCUCAUGUGUUCAUACUCAUACUGCAGUAUAACAACUUCACCGAGGAGGACCUGAGAAGAGUGAAACAUGUGCUAAACAAAUUUAGUGGAGAAGCAAUUAAACGUGCCAUCGUUCUCACGACUGAUGAAGAGAGAGACGACUCAUACAUUCAUCAGUUAAUAAAGGAGUGUGGAGAAAGACAUUUGGAGUUUGAAAAAGAAAACCCAGAAUGGCAAUCUGACAUAUUCAAGAGAGUUGAUAAGAUACUUCAGGAAACCCAGGAAGAAUAUCUCACAUGUGAAAUAUUUGGUGAUGCUGAAGGAACAUCAGUGGAUGAAGAGAAAAGAUCUUAUGGUUCAGAGAAAAUUAAACGACAGCAGAGAGAAUGGGAGGAUGAAAAGAAACAACAGAUAAGAGAACGAGAGGAAGAUGAAAGAAAGAGAAAAGAGAAACAUGAUGAACAGCUGAGAGAAAAACAAGAAGAACUGGAGAAAAUAAAACAGGUAUUUGAAAGAGAGAGAGAAGAACGACAGAAGAUAGACGAGGAGAGACAGAAACAGAAGGAAAGAGAAGAAAAAGAGAGAGAAUAUGAUGAAAAGAGACAUGAAAUAGAAAGACAUUAUGAACAACUGGAACGAGAGAGAAAAAGGGAGUGGGAGAGAAGAAAACGAGAAGAUGAUGAGAGAUGAGAAGAAGAGAGAAAGAGAUGGAAGAAAUGAUUGAAGAUCUGAAACAAGAGCAAGAAGAAGAGAUGAAGAGAAGAGAAAGAGAGAGAAAAGAAAGAGAAGAAAAAGAGAGAGAUGAAAUGAAACAGAAACAUGAAGAUGAAAUAAAAUUCAUAAAGAAGAAACAUGAAGAGGAAAUAAAACACAUGGAGAGGAAACAUGAAGAUGUAGCCAGAAAACAGGCAGAAGAAUUUUAUGAUUUCAGACAGAGAAAAGAGCAGCAGGUGCAGGAGCUCAAAGAGAUGUUGAAAGAAUGUCAGAGACAACAGGAAGUACUAGAAAAACUCAAUCAGCAACUGAAAGAGCAGAAAGGAGAAGAAAUAAAAGAGCUGCGAAAACAAGUUGAAGAACUGAAAAAUAAACCAUUCUGUGUCAUUCUGUGAUUGAUUUCAGAGCAUAAAGAUAAGUGUCAACCAGUGGCAUAACUUUACAUAAGGCAUAAACAGCAUAAAUGGCUACCCACUGCUCCGGGUGUGUGUUCACGGUGUGUGUGUGUUCACUGCUGUGUGUGUGCACUUUGGAUGGGUUAAAUGCAGAGCACCAAUUCUGAGUAUGGGUCACCAUACUUGGCUUCAUGUCACUUCACUUUCACUUUACAUUGAAAAGUGGUGGGGACACCACGCAACUCGUUUUUUCAACCUAAUUUACUUGGGGACUGUGUUUAGAGUUGGAAAAACACAAUUUUUGCUUUUCAAAAAUAAUGUACCAGGGACAGUCCCAGAGAAUUUGAACGCAUGUGCUGUGGGGGAGCUAAAUCAUUGACGGGAGAUGGGCAAUUCAGGGAUCCAGACUUAUUAAUUUUUUUUUUUUGUUAAGGUUUUUUUUUUUUUUUCUAUUAAUUACAACAAGGUUUUAGCACCACGCAGGGGCCGAUCUAGAAAAUUAUUUUUAGGGUGGAUGCCAUGGGGUCUAUGAGGGGUGGCAACACCAAAGCAAGCCCCCAUGCAUA